GCCUUCUCUCCUACACCAAGUAUUUCGUUUUAUCUGCCUGCCUCCUUUCUUCCUUCCCUCCUUCUUUGUUUCUCACUGUCUCUUGCAUUGCUUCUAUUGGACAUGGCAGGGAAUCUAAUGCAUGCCUUGCAGUAUGAUAGCUAUGGUGGAGGCGUCGCAGGUUUAAAGCAUGUUGAGGUUCCAGUCCCUAGUGCCAAGAAAGACGAGGUUUUACUCAAGUUAGAAGCAACUGGUCUAAACCCAUAUGAUGCUAAAAUACAAAAAGGCGUGGCGCGCCCUUUUCUACCUAGAAGUUUCCCUUACAUCCCCGCCCUUGACAUAGCGGGAGAGGUUGUGGCGGUUGGACCAGGAGUUGAAGAUUUCAAAACUGGUGACAAAGUUGUAACUGUGCUUAGCGCCUCUAGUGGAGGUGGACUAGCUGAAUUUGCAGUGGCUAAGAAGAGCUUGUCAGUUGCAAGGCCACCUGAAGCUUCAGCAGCUGAAGCUGCAGGCUUGCCUAUUGCAGGUCUCACAGCUUACGUGGCUCUCACUCAAUGUGCUGGGGUCAAGCUUGAUGGAAGUGGCAUCCAGGAAAAUAUUCUGAUCACUGCUGCCUCAGGUGGCGUGGGUCACUAUGCAGUUCAGCUAGCAAAGCUCGGAAACACUUAUGUGACUGCUACUUGCGGGGCUCGUAACAUUGAAUUUGUCAAGGACUUAGGGGCUGAUGAGGUUCUGGAUUACAAAACCCCAGAAGGAGCAGCUCUGAAGAGCCCAUCUGGUAAGAAAUAUGAUGCUGUGAUUCACUGCGCACCAGGAAUUCCAUGGAGUACUUUUGAGCCAAAUCUGAGUGAAAAGGGGAAGGUUAUACAUCUCUCUCCUGGCCCCAGUACCAUGAUUACUUCUGCUGUGAAGAAACUUACUUUCUCCAAGAAGCAGCUGAUUCCGCUGAUUCUUACUCCCAAGGGUGAGGACCUGAAAUGUCUUGUUAAUCUGGUAAAGGAAGGGAAGCUUAAAACAGUGAUCGAUUCAAAGCAUCCAUUAAGCAAGGCUGAAGAUGCUUGGGCUAAGGUUAUCGAUGGUCAUGCCACUGGGAAGAUAAUUGUGGAGCCAUGAAUGAAAAUAAAGUGCUUGACUUGUUAAAAUGUUUGUAUUAUUAUGAGUUCUUGCGUCGACCAUGUAGAUCCGAUGGUACACACAGCUGAAGAGGCAUUUUACGAUAUGUGAUCCUGCACUACAAUUUUUGUUUUUUUACUUGAUGUAUCCGUAAAUGAUAUGGUUUGGGUUUGGAUUUUAUCACUAUAUAUAUUGUAUAUAUUUGUUC